UCAGCCAAACGGCAGCCUGAACACACACACAAACACACACCCACAUCAAGAGUGAGGACGUAAAAAGAGUGAGUUGCGAGGGGGGGCAAGGAAAUCUUCGGCUAGCUGCUCUUCUCUGAGUCUCCUGGUUGUUUGGCAUCCCUGAUAUGACCCUGUUCAGCCCAAGAUACAUGAGCAUGAGUGGAGAGUUGAAGUCCAGCCGCUCCAGGGCAGCAAGUAAGAGGGCCAGCAACACUUCUUACGGAUCUGAGUUCGACCUGGACUAUGACAGCUACCACGAGGACUACUAUGACAGGAUGUAUGACUACCAGCGUGUGCCAGCAUCCCUGUCCCCUCUGCCUCCCCUGGGACCUAGUCUGGCUAAACGAUCUCGUUCCUCCUCCUACUCCACUGGGCACAGACGCAGCCGAGACAGAACCCACUCCAAAAGCACCAGAGCCCACUCCACUAGUUCAUCUACAGCCAAGUUGGACAUGGAGGAGUUGCAGGUGAUUAAAAAGGAGCUGACUCUGAUAAAGACACAGAUCGAUGGGCUGCUUGACAGUCUUGACAGGAUGGACACGCAGAGGAAUGACCACAAAGGGUCUCCCCUGAGAGAGGACAGUCCAGCUGGCUCACCAUACGCUCUGUCUGCCAGCAGCCCCGAACACUCCCUCUCCUCCCUCUCUCCACCCAGCUCCCGCCAUCUAAUCCACAGGGAGAGUCCUGACCUGAGGGAGCCCGACGAUGACCACCACACGAUGAGCAACCACAGCUCUGACCGUGAAGAGGAAAUAUGAAAGGAAAAUGAGAAAACGCAGAUGACGUGGAUUAAGUGCCAAACAUGGAGGAAGAGAAAAACAACCACCAAGCCAACACUCAUAUCAGAGGCUCAGCUUCCCUCCAACAGGGUGUACAUAUCAGAAAACACAAUGCAUUUGAUUGUAUCACAGUCGCUCAUUUUCUGUGAACAUACUUUUAAGUAAAACAAAAACACUGACACAGGUGACGCAUACACAUCAAGUAUGUGCAAUACUGAAGAAUUUGUUAUGUCAGACUCAGAGAUUGCAUGGGAGAGAUGGAUCUUAUCCAGAGAACAAUUAUAAAGGACACCUGGAAGCACAGCAGUGAAUUAAACUUUUUAUAAUCCUGCCUGAGCGGUGGAUUUGCAUGAGCACCAAUAUUCCAGUAUUAAUCCAAGUAUUGUUGUAUUAAUCCAAAUGACACAAAAGCUAUCUGAUUAAAGCAUUAUGUAAGCAGUUUACCAGUUUAUUCUUUUUUCCUUCCACUGAAACAGGCAGCAUAUGUCAGUAUCAGACUGUGUAUACACUAAUAAUUUAUGUGUUGCUAGAGGUGCUACAAUAGUUCUGUUACUUGCAUACAACAUUAAAGGAAAUUUUGGAUCUCUGUCUGUGAAGGACUUUUAAUUAGAUAAUGUAUAAACAAUACAGAACCAAGAUUAUUAAUGAGGCAUGUGCGUAUAAACAAUUUUCAGCUGCUUACUUAAUUAAUUAUUAUUAGCUUUUUCAGAGUAAAGCAUUAACUGGAAUAUUGUGUGCAUGCACUGUGAAAUGAAAAUUCUGUCUCUGGAUCUCAGCGUAUUUUGCAGAAAUCUGUCCUUUCUCAAAUUUGAUCCCUGAACUUUUUCUCUUUAUUGUACUCUAAGACGUCAGAAUAGUAGGACAGUAAAUCACAGUAAUUCUUGACAGACUGGACGGUCACACACUGAUGACUCAGGAGAAAAAUGGGUUGUUUUCUGCUUGUAAGUAUCAAUUUGCCUCUUCCCUGAGUGUGGCUCUCUGAAGAAAUGUUGUACAAACAACCUUGUUAUAUCACAUCAUGUUUUCUCUGCUCUAAAUGUAUUAGAGGAAAGUUAAAGCUCUCUUCUACCAUGCUUUUGGCACUUAUAGAUGUGAAUAGGCCCAGGUCAGUGUGUAAUAUUGUGUAUUAUUGUAAACUUUACUGUAAUUGUUCAACUGUCGGAUUUUAAUCUUUCUUUGGAUGUCUCAUAUUUUUUUUAAAAAAACAACAACAAUGUUAUUAUAAUUCCUAUGGUGUUACAUGUUUUUGUUUGCAUUCUUAAGAUAAGCCAAGUGGAAAUACUCAUUGUCACACUAGUAAAAGUAUUUUCAUAUUGAGUAUAAA